CGUACUCCGGGGGAGAGACCCUGAGCCACUUAGAUUCGGAAGGCCACGCUGGCCUGUUUGGGUGGGCUCCCAAGCGGGUCGGAGAGUUCAGUCAUGUUCGCCCACGCGGUGAUGCGCGCCCUGCGCAAGAAUAAGACCCUUCGCUACGGAGUUCCCAUGUUGCUGCUGAUUGUUGGAGGUUCUGUUGGUCUUCGUGAGUUUUCACAAAUCCGUUAUGAUGCUGUAAAGAUUAAAAUUGAUCCUGAGUUAGAAAAAAAACUGAAAAUGAAUAAAGUGUCAUUGGAAUCAGAGUAUGAGAAAAUAAAGGACUCCACUUUUGAUGACUGGAAGAAUAUUCGAGGACCCAGGCCUUGGGAAGAUCCUGACCUCCUCCAAGGACAAAAUCCAGAAAUCCGUAGCACUAAAACAACUUGACUAUGCUGAUUCUUUUUUUUUUU